UUGUUCCCCUCUCUGGAGUGGUGAAUCGGUGCCGGUUGCUGCAUCUUGCAACAACAAUGCCAUCCACGAGCAAUCGAAUUAUCCUUGAGAGAGGAUGGGGAGGCCUUCUCUACUAGCACUUCUGGUUCUCGUCGUGACGGCUGGGGUAGUAGUGAUAGGGCGUAUUUCCUGGUCUCCCCUAAGGGAGAAGAUGCGGGCACAAGAGAGACAUCGCCUCGAUAAUACAGUUGUUGCAGCGGCGAACAAGACAUCAGUGUUUGCAACAACACAGCGGACAUCCCAGCAUUUCAAGGGCCGGUCUCUGGAGGGAGAAGCCUCACCUUUCGACAGCGAGGCUAGGACGACUCCAUUGAGCCUCGCGACGAAGACACGGGGUGUUGGCCCUCUGAAAAUCAAGUACAUUUCGCUCAUUGGCGAGAGGCACAGUGGGACCACGUGGAUGGUGAAGUUCUUGCAAGACUACUUUCGAGAUAAGGAUAUUACGGUCACCGCGACGCUUUGCACGUGGAAGCACUGGUUUCAAGAUCGCAUCUACCAAGAUAUCCAAGACGGCAAAAGGUUGUGCAGAGAAGGGCAGCAGUGCCCCGCGUGCAAGGACAUCAACCACACCCUGGUGGUCGCGAUGUGGCGGAACCCCUACGACUGGGUCAGCGGGAUGCACAAGAUCCCAUGGCACGCUCAGGCGCAUGCUAGCAUUCCGGACAUGAGCAAGUUCAUGACGAUGCCAUGGAUUAUGGGCGCCGAGGAGGAGAAGCAAGCCAGGAAGGAGGCGCUCAUCAGGACCAAAGACGAGUUGCCCUGCAUCGACAACUUCUUGCCGUGGGAGGUGCUACCCUGUCGGCCAGGAGACGAGUCCGCCAUCUAUGAGUUGGACCCGGGCGGAGAGGCGUACGGGAACAUCUAUGAGCUGCGGAAGGCCAAAAUCCGAGAUUUUGACGCCGUGAAGAUGUGGGCGCCGUAUUACGAGAAGAUUCUCUAUGAGGACAUGCUCGCCAAGGAUGGGCUGAAAAUGUGGCUCAUGUCGUUAGACACACUGUACGGCUUGGGUGGGAACUACAAGAGCGUGCCGGACAGUGCUCUGGCGGUCAAGAUGGAAUCGUCUCGAAAACAGAUGUACUACAUGAACAGUCAGCACUGUGCACCGCACUGUAAGAUGGGAGGUGUGGCGGGAAGAAGCGCUUUGGAGACGAUGAACCGACUGUGGGACGAGGAGCUUGAGGAAGAUCUCGGUUACCACCAAGUGCGAUAGCACAACGGCCUGAUGCUGCUGCCAGCCGAAGCCGAACUGUUCGCGGAGUGGACACGGCCUACGGAUGGCUUUGUGGCAUGCUUGGGAUGUUGUCUGCAAGAUGGAAGCUCCAACGGCUAGCUUGAAGUCUACAACUUGGAGCUAGGAACUUUGAGGACCAAGGGCUAAGGUGCGGCGUCACCAGUUGGAAGGUGCUCGGAAUACGUGGGACAAGGGGCUUGGGCGAGGCGUCUAUGGCCACCCGGUACCAAGCGCGAUAACCCAUCUCAGAGGCGCUAUGAAGGUUUCGUGGCCUGCUGCAUGGUUCUUUCCGACGCGGCGGGAUCAAAGUAUUUGGAGAAGCCAUGCUUCCCUCCCAAUAUAGAGAAGCGCAGGCUGGCUCACGACAUGCUCAUCGUUUCAGGUGUGCUGCCCUGUAGCCCAUGUUCGCAGAUGCGUGAUGUACACAAUGGUGCACGAGAGUGGUUUACUUCGUUUGGUGGUAUGCAUGAGCUGUUUGUGCUGAGCGUAGCAACAUCGCGACUCGUCUUGAGUAUCGAGAGGUGUGGUUUUUUACGGUUUCGUGUCACACGUAAAAAACUAGUCAUUAUGUGAUUGUGUCUUGCAAAACUUAUUGUCACUGCUUGAUUUUCGUUUGUAAGACCGACACGGUCUCUAGCGGUUUCACCGCUCCCUCAAACAAAAGUGAAUGAUCAAUAUCAGCCGGAAGACCCGAACCACGCACCCUUUUGUGCAAACCGCCGAGGCACGAUAAGCCGCU